AUGUACAUCUCAAUGAAUAUCCUUAUUCGAGUUCAACCACGAAUUUAUCCUGACACAGCGGAUAAUGGUUUCAAUUCAACUUCUAACCGUGAUAGUUUUCAUGAACGAAAUACACAAACGAAGCAGUCCAUCUCAGAAUGUGAUAUACACACCAAAGGAGAUACACAUAAAAAUGGUGUAUCUCAACACCGUCAUAAUCUUCAUAAUCCUUACUUUCGGCAGCAACAACAACAACAGGGUUAUAAUAGAGUCCAUCAAGAUAGUGAGACAGACGAGUUUCUACUAUCCAACUCUUAUCUAGAUCUGUUAAACUCAGACAACGAUGCAACUACUGUUGAUGAAUUCGGUUUAAAUUUAGCCCAUCUACUUUCAUUUAUAAGUAAUCAUAGUCGUGAAAUAUCUUGUACCAAUAAGCUAAGUAUUCCCAUCAAUUGUUUACAGGCUAUGCCACUUAUUGAACCACAGUGGAAGCAGUUGAUCAGUAGUAAUGAUUUAUGCCUUUUAAAAUGCUUAAAUCGAUCAGAAGUUUUAACGUCGAACAGUCCGUUUACUUUCACAGCACUUGUAGCCGACUUGGGUUUAUGUUUGGAUUUAAGUCAGGAUCAUGUUGACGCUGUUUCAGUCGUCGGGAAUCCAUUUUACACAGCUCCAGAAUGCUUAAACCGAGUGGCACCGUAUACAUUUGCCGCAGAUAUUUUCUCCUAUGGUCUUUUGGUGUGUGAACUGAUAACACGUUUUCCCAAUGACUGUUCCCUUAUCCCUCGAAAAUCGUCUUUUGGUCUGGAUCAUGAAAACCUUCCAAUACCAUCAGACUGUCCUAUUUGGUUAUUUCAGCUGGCGGUAGAUUGUUGUAGUGUUGAUCACUUAUUACGUCCAGACAUUCUCGACGUUAUUGAUCGUAUUGAGAAGUGUCGUCUCAAUUUAUCGUGUCACUCAACAACAAUUCAUUCACCAUCUCCUGUGCCUGUACAAAAUUCAGUGACAACAAACGGUUCUUAUGAUAUUACAUCUCAAGAAAUUGUCCAUGAAUCUGCUACAUAA